AUGGCCCACGACCGGUCCUACGAUUUCAUUAUCAUCGGUAGUGGUCCGGCUGGAUGUACACUAGGUGCAUCUCUGGCAAGCUCGGCCAAGAAGCCGAGCGUACUGCUCCUCGAAGCUGGUGGGCGGAAUGAGGACAAAUCUUUGCGGGUCGAUGGAAAGCGCUGGACGACAUUCAUGGGGGAGAAGAUGAACUGGGGAUCAAAGACAACCCCGCAAGAGCACUGCUACGGCCGUCAACUCGAUUAUUCGCACGGCAAAGGGCUCGGAGGCGGGUCUGCGAUCAAUUUUGGAGUCUACACUGUUGGAGCGCGAGACGACUAUGAUCUAUGGGCAGCUGAGGUCGACGACGAGACUUUUGGCUGGGAUAAAAUGCGAGCGCGACUCAAAAGGAUGGAAAAUUUUACGGGCAUUGAUCCUCCAGAAAACCGGAAGUAUGGUCAGUCUGAACUUACAGACCAUGACAACAAAGGUGGCUUGCAUGUUGGCUAUGCCAAAGAAUGGGAGUCGGAUUUAACCGUGGUGCUGGAUGCGUUUGAACAAGCUGGAGCUCAGCGAAACCUUGAUCACAACUCUGGUAAUCCCCUUGGAUUCGGACUUUGUAUCAAUUCCGCUUCUAAGGGCAUGCGAUCGACCGCUGUUGAUUUGUUGGCUGAAGCCCCAGAUAAUUUGGUCAUUGUCUCUGAUAGCCCAGUGCAACGUAUUAUAUUCGACGAAAAGAAGACUAAGGCUGUGGGAGCCGAGGCUAAUGGCAAAAAAUAUUUUGCCAACAAAGAGGUCAUCCUUUCUGCGGGGUCACUUGUCAGUCCUAGGAUUUUGAUGCAUUCUGGCAUCGGUCCAGCCGAAGAACUGCGUAAAUUCGGUAUUCCAGUUAUCCACGAUUUACCAGCUGUCGGUCAAGGACUCCGCGACCACCACUUUGCUCCACUUAUCGUGAAGCGCAACCCCCAGACCAACGACCGCAAUGCUUUCUACCAAGACCCAAGGGCCAUGGAGGCCGCAAUAAAUCAAUGGCAGAAAGACGGUACCGGUCCGUGGGCACGUCACGGCUGCCAACUAGGUAUAGGCUGGUUCAAAUCCGACAAAAUCACAUCCUCUGAGGAGUUCAAGGCUUUACCUCCAUCUAUCCAGGAUGCCAUGAACCGCGAGACGAUUCCUCACUACGAGAUUAUCAGCCAUUUCCCCGUGCAUUUCAUGUUCCCGCAGCUCUUACAAGACUACAGCUACAUCUGUCUAGCUGCUUUCUUAAUGAACGGACAAUCUGUCGGAGAAGUGCGAUUACAGUCCUCCGACCCAGAUAAGCCCCUGUCCUUUAAUCCCAAAUUCCUCGAGCAUCCAUAUGAUCGCCGAGCAUGCAUUGAGACCUACCGUCAUUUAUUGGACCUGACCAAGCACCCCUCAUUUGCUAAAGAUACGGUCUCUACAAUCAUGGCACCGGCAUCCGAGUCCGAUGAGGAUAUUCUUGAGUUCUGGAAAAACAAUCUUUCGUCCAGCUGGCAUAUGGUGGGAACCGUGAAGAUGGGUAGAGAGGGUUCCAGUAAUGCCGCUGUCGACAAUCGCUUCCGCGUCUUUGGGGUGGAAAACCUACGUGUGGCUGAUCUGAGUGUGGUGCCAGUUCUGACCAACAAUCACACACAGGCCACUGCUUAUGCGACUGGGGCAACAUGUGCAGAUGUUUUGAUUCGCGAAUAUGGACUGAAUGAAUAG